UAAAGCCCCACCCUCUCUUACUCAUGUUAAUACGUGUUAGGACUGGGGCUGCUGGAGAACCCGAGCAUCUGGAAAACACCACUUUCUGCUCCUGGUACUCUGCUCUUUACUGGAAACAAGUGAACUGGUAGUCCACUUGUUCAUUCAGGUUAGUUGGUAAUACUCUGCGUGUUUUGUGAGUUUCUCCGACUCGGAUUAAGUUGUGCAUGGAGCGACAUCUGACCCUGCGACCGGAGUGAAACCAGAGGGGGUUCGGAGACGAUCCGACGGCAGCACACGGCUCUACAUGAGCUGACAUCGGAUCGGAGACAUAGGGUUUUACUUAUUAACUUAUUGGUUUAUAUCAGGUCCUAACUUUAAACUGCGAACCAUGGCGUUAAAGGCGAGAGUUCUGUACGACUUCAGCUCGGAGAACCCGGGGGAGAUCUCUAUCGCCGAGAACGAGCUGGUUACUUUAUACACCGAGGAGGAGUUCGACGGCUGGUUCGAGGGGGAAAACCACCGAGGAGAGGCCGGCCUGUUCCCGGCCACAUACGUGGAAAUCAUCCGAUCCGACGUGUCUCCCAACAACAAUAAUAACGGCCCCUCGACGGGCUUCGAGUCCCAGUCCCAGUCCCAGUACGACACCUCGGUCCGCUCCAGCGCCGUGGACAUCAGCAAAGCCUCCCCGCCCCCCCUCGCCGCCUACCCGACCCCGGCCCAGCAGCCCCCUCAGCGGGGUAGCUACCAGACCAGCCAGGGCAGUGAUGAUGACUGGGACGACGACUGGGAUGACCAGUCUACUGCGACGGAGGACACGGCCAGUGUGGCCAGUGGCCGGCCCUCCACCUACACGGUGACCACUUCACUGCCCGGCCCGGGGGGGCACUCGGGGCAACAGGCCAAAAGCUCCGCAACAGUUGGCCGGAACCUCAACCGCUUCUCCACCUUCGUCAAGUCUGGAGGAGAGGCGUUCCUGCUCGGGGAGGCCGCGGCCUUCGUGAAGGACGGGGACCGGAUCUGCGUGGUGAUGGGGCAGUGCGGUCCAGAGUGGCAGAAGAACCCGUACCCCUUCUCUUGUGCCAUCGAUGACCCCAAAAAGCAGACCAAGUUCAAAGGCAUGAAGAGCUACAUGUCCUACGGCCUGACCCCCACCCUCACCAAUGUACAAGUCAACCGCAGGUACAAACACUUUGAUUGGCUCUAUGCGCGGCUGGUGGAGCGGUUCCCGGUCAUCUCGGUGCCCCACCUCCCGGAGAAGCAGGCGACGGGGCGCUUCGAGGAGGACUUCAUCACCAAGCGGAGGAAGGGCCUCAUCUGGUGGAUGAACCACAUGAGCAGCCACCCGGUGCUGGGCCGCUGCGACGUCUUCCAGCACUUCCUGACCUGCGGGGCAGACGAGAAGGCCUGGAAACUGGGCAAGAGGAGGGCCGAGAGGGACGAGAUGGUCGGGGCCAACUUCUUCCUCACCAUCAGUCCUCCGGUCGUUCCCCUGGACCUCCAGGAGGUGGAGAGCAAGAUCGAGGGCUUCAAGUCUUUCACAAAGCGGCUGGAUGAGAACAUCAUGGUGGUGAACACUACCAUCAACGAGUUCGCCCGCAAGCAGAUCACCGGCUUCAAGAAGGAGUACCAGCGCGUGGGUCAGUCCUUCAGGCUGCUUGGCCAGGCCUUUGAGAUGGACCAGCAGGCCUACUCCGCAGGCCUCAACCAGGCCCUGGCCUACACCGGGGAGGCCUACGAGACCAUCGGGGAAUACUUUGCCGAGCAGCCCCGCCAAGACCUUGACCCCAUCUCAGACCUGCUGGACCUGUACCGAGGCCACCUGGCCAACUACCCGGACAUCAUCCACGUGCAGAAAGGAGCUUUGACCAAGGUGAAGGACUGCCAGAAGUCAGACGCCGACCUCCACAACCGCUGCAACAUCAUCUCGUGCGCCACGCUUGCCGAGGUGCAGCACUUCCACCGCACCCGCGUACGGGACUUCCGCAGCCAGAUGCAGCACCACCUCAGCCAGCAGAUCCUCUUCUUCCAGAAGAUCACCGCCAAGCUGCAGGAGGCCCUGCAGAAGUAUGACGAGUAGGGACAACCACCACCUUCUAAUCCUCUGAAAGAAACACCUGUUUUUAUGAUAAAAAGGAAAUUAAUUGAUGAGUGGGAACCUGAGUCACCUUGAAGUCCUGUGGAUGGAGAAGGAGAAGGAAUAAGAGAUACAUGUGCUCUUGGAGUUGAUUGAUGGAUACAAACUUGUCCAAUAGGAGAGAGACAACUCGUUGUGGAACCCUGCCCUACACAAUGGAGAAAGACGAUGCUAUAAAAGAGAUCGAUAUGGAAACUUUCAGGUGAAACCAGAGUGAACAAGGUUGUCAAUAAGACAAUAACAAAAAGUGUCCUGGCGGGAGAGACUAAAUGUAACAGCUCCCACCACACAGUCCCCUAAACUCAGGUGAUAUUAAUAUUAAGAAAUUAAAUGUUAUAAAGACUGGCGGACCGAAUGUCUUUGCAAAGCUCUUGAGGUGCAGGAGUUUGAAAUGGUAUCGUAUAGGAUUCUUGAUGUUAAGGUAUACAGUUUGAAAUGGUUAGGUUCAGGGUCAGGAAGGAUUAAGUUUCAGUGCUCUGUUAUAAACGACAAAGUGUAAAUGUGUUUGGUAAGAGAUAUAGUUAAGGUAUGGGGUCAGACUGUGUGGGUGUGCCAGGUGUGUGCGUUUAGUCUCUGUGUGUCUUGCAGUGUUCUACCUACUGGUUCCUCAUCAUGUGACCCAUAAUGUACAACGAGAAGAGACAUUAUAUUCACCCUAUUUUACCGCUUUACACGAUUUUGAAAGACGUACCUAAAGAACUCAUUUUUAUCCUUUUAACCUUUACUUGAAUGGCCUUUUCAGUGUUGUUUUGUCAUCUUUGUCUUUUAACUCUUUAACUUUUGUGGUCCGAAUCCCUGGAUCUGACAGUACACUCAACUCACACAGUGGGACAACACGGCUGACGAUAAUCAAGGGUUCAUCAGUUCCCCGCUCUGACACACCGUCAUCGUACAAGAUGGACAGGACCGGAGUGUGUGAAGCACGUCUGGGUCAAAUUGGUACACCAGAGUUCCUAGGCCUUGGCUGAGUCUACAGAUUUGAGCACACUACAAGAUGACAACAAGAGAGAUUGAGAGAAUCAUGUUUUUUGUUACGUUCAGAUGAGUGAGAAACUCUAUUCCCUCUUUCAUAGUUCUUUUGAGUGAUAGUACUCGUAUCAUAGUACUACUUAAUGAUUGUUUAACACAGCCUUUUAGUGCCUUUUAGUCAAAGUUUUUGACACAUCCUACGCUCUCUAAUUAAAAUCCUCUUGAUACUACUUGGUAUUGACGGAUAUCGAAAACAUAACCUUAACAAAUGGCUCAGUUUCAGGCUACGGAUCAUGCUGAUGAUACUAUCUGGUAAUCAAUUAUAACUGUCUUAUUUUGUAUUGAAGAGGCUCGUAAUCGUCACUUAGUCCAUCACUUUGAGUAACGCAGUCAGAUGGGCCUACAGACAUUCAGGAAGUUAUAAAAGAUGAAUGUAUUCUGAAAAGUAUCUCUGUCUGAGUGUACCAUAUUGUUGACUUAUAUAACCUCAUUAAAUAUUAUAAUUUAA